AUGUCUAGGGAUUAUAUACUAUUUUAUGUACGGGUUGACCAUAGCUGUAAUGCCACAAUACUAGUCCCCCUCCUGUUUCACAACGCUUGCUCAUCACUUACGAUAAGUGUGGUUAUAGUGGAAUGGUGUGACGCUUAUAGAUGUUCUAUCACACGCACUGAUCCCGCAUUGCUGAGAAAUAAGGGUGUACCCUCUGGCACAUCCGUCGUAGCAUUCAUUACAUUAGCAACAUUGCGAGAACUGCGCUACUGCUGUCUAAAUGGUAUCGCAUUAAGCCAGCAAUUGAAAGGCUGCGGCCAACAAAUUCGCGCACCGUAUACUCGACUGGCGACCACAUGCUCAACAUACCGUCAGAAUAUACAAGCAUAUAUCGCGGGCGCAUCACUUUCGUAA